AAUGUGUGAGUUUCUUCUAUCGGUGGACCAUGACGUACGUUUCAGUUUGUAUUACAUGAAUUAUUUUGUUUCUUCAUUUCGGUAAUUUCUGAGAGGAGUGAAUUUGUAAUGAAAUUAUUGGUUUAUAUUAUGAUAAUAGCUACACGAUCAAAACUAAGAGUCGGGUACAUGACUAAUCGGCGAAAAAAAGUUAUAAGCAGAAAAAUCCACACCACACUCGAUUCUAAACGGCUUGUUCUAAAUUUCCCUUAAAACGAGAAAUUUUGUGGCAACUUUCAGGCACCACCUUAAUUAGGUUGAAAUUUUGAUUUCGCACUCGGAAAUGUCACCUGGGUUACCAGGACGUGCCAUGACGAUUUGUUAUUAUUCUUAAUGAAAAACUUUUAAAGAAGAUUUUCAUACAUCUGCGCUAUUUGUUUUUGGUGGCCGUGUUUUAUAUCAACUAGACAAACUAUUUUAUAGAAUAAGCAUAGGACUCAAGUAAUAAAGUUUUUAGUUUGAGUUGAUUGAACAUGAUAUAGAGUGAUGUAAUCGAUGAAAUAAUUUGUCAAGAGCCGAUAUUUUAGUUAUAUGUUGAUAUAACCAUGAGUACUUCUUCAUACAUCAUUGGAUCUACCCAAGGGGAAGGAGAAAUAUUCUAUUCUACUUAUGAACCAACCAAUGAAGAAAUAAUUGAAUAUGCUGUAAAAAUCGGCAUAGACCCAGAAAAAGAGACUAGCAUAAUAUAUCUUGCACGUCAAGGAUUACUUCAUCCACUACCAGAUAACUGGAAGCCAUGUUACAGCAAGCAGGUUAAAGCAUAUUACUACUAUGAUCGGAUUACAAAAAAAUCACAGUGGGAACAUCCUAUUGAUGUAUUAUAUCGUGCAAAGGUGAUCGAUGCUAGAAAAGGGUUGAUUUGCGAUCAAUCUGAUUCCACAUCAUUUGGUGAUUCGGGAUUUCGAAGUUUGAAAUCGAAUAACAAUCAUGAAAACUUAAAUCAACUUUGUGUAAAAGAUCCUCCAGGUAAUGUUACAGACUACAAAUCAAAUGAAGUAAAGAAUGUGAAGUGUUCAAAUGGUGAUCUUGUGUUGAAAAAUGUGCAUUCAAAUUUUGAUACGAUGCUUACGACACAUAUACACCAAGAAGGUGUUUCCAAUAAAGAAAAUAAUAGUCAAGAUAAGAAGGUUAAAAACAACAACGGUUUUGAGUCAGACAUGGAUUUUUCGAAAAAGAUAUCAUUUAACAUAGGACAUGACACAAAAAUGAAGCUCAUGAACUUGUUAAAAAUGUGGAUUACAGUAAUACAGUUGCUCAUCAUUCUUUUACGAUUACUGGAACCGGGACGCGAUUUUUAAAAUCAAACAAAAAGCUUGACAU